AUGGUUUCGGCACGUGUCAUGAACAUGUUCGGAAUAGCAGCCAGAGCUUUCGGAGAUUACCUGUCUCACACACACCCUGAGAACCGCAACGGAUCAGAUCAGCUUCUAUCUAAUACCUUCAUUGGCCAAGACAAAGACUCCCCUGACAUCAGUCAUCUUCACAACAACAACCUACACCCUCAGAGCCACUGUGGGGCCAAGGCCAGCCAGGACCAGUCCCAGGCCCACAGUCUUCACAGUCUGCAGCCCACAGGCCCCUCCAAGCACAGGCUCUCAGCAGAGCGAAGUUUCUCCUCCGAGGAGCAGCAGCCACCUCCCAGGUCCUCUGAGGGGAGCCUGACCAGCUUGAAGCCAGCUGCCCAGCGGGUCUACACCAUCACCAGGGAGGGAGGCAUGCUAGGGGGGCGAGGCAGCGAGGAGAGUCUGGAGCUGGAGGUGCUGAAGCAGCCUCUGUCCCCUCCUCCCUCCGCCAACCAGCCCUCCUUUUCCAACCAACAACCACCAAGCAGCAAACAUCCCCGCGGCAACCAUAGUCAUGGCCCACAGGGCCACAGGCCCAAGUCCCAGCCCCUGCAGAGCUCAGGGAGUGCCCAUAACAUCCGGGACUGGGUGGUGAGGAGGGGGGGCUCGCGGGAGGACUGCACCCCAGACUGUGUCACCUGCAUCAGGGCCCCAUGUCCGAGCCAGCGCUCCCUGGAUCUGGAGACGUCUCCGCGAGACGGAGGAAAACAGAGGAAGAAGCUAGAGAGGAUGUACAGCCAAGACCAAGGCAGAGACAGACGAGGCUCUGCUGAGGAGAGAGAGGACAACCCUAAUAGCUGGUUCCCCAAAGAGAACAUGUUCAGCUUCCAGACGGCUACCACAACAAUGCAGGCAAUAUCAAACUUCCGGAAGCACCUGAGAAUGGUGGGCAGCCGCAGAAUGAAGGCUCAGACAUAUGCUGACCGCCGAGCCAAGAGUUUUAACCGCUCCUGGAGUGACCCCAUCCCCAUGAAGCCUGACUCUCUCCAUGGCUCUAGAGACAGUGGGGACUUGCAGUCCUCCUCAGGGGCUCUAGAUGAAGGAUCCCAGGAGGAUGCAGACUGGGAGGAGGAGAGAGAGAUGGAGAGAGCAGCCUGUGAGGGAGAGGACUUCAUCCCACCCAAAAUCAUGCUGAUAUCUUCCAAGGUCCCGAAGGCUGAAUAUGUUCCUAACAUCAUCCGUAGGGAUGAUCCCUCUGUCAUCCCCAUCCUUUAUGAUCAUGAACAUGCCACAUUCGAUGACAUCAUUGAGGAGAUAGAGAAGAAGCUGACGGCCUAUAGGAAAGGCUGUAAGAUCUGGAACAUGCUCAUCUUCUGUCAGGGAGGUCCGGGGCAUCUGUACCUGCUCAAGAACAAAGUGGCCACAUUUGCCAAAGUGGAGAAGGAGGAGGAUAUGAUCCAGUUUUGGAAGAAGUUGAGUCAGUUUAUGAGCAAGCUGAAUCCUGAGCCCAACCUCAUUCAUAUAAUGGGCUGCUAUGUUCUGGGGAGCGCCAAUGGAGAAAAGCUAAUCCACAAUCUGAAGAGGCUAAUGAGACCUCAUGCCAUCGAAUUCAAAUCCCCGCUAGAGCUGUCUGCACAGGGCAAGGAGAUGAUCGAGAUGUACUUUGACUUCCGUCUAUUCCGCCUGUGGAAAACCCGCCAGCACGCCAAGAUGCUCGAAUAUGAUGACCUUUUGUGA